AGAAUUGUUUGUUUGUGUUGAUAUUCCGCCAGUGUUCCUUUUUGAGAAUUGCUGAUUGAGAUUGACGUGAGCAUGCAGAAACUGACAUUAGAAGAUGACAAUAUUAAAAUGGAGCCUGAAUUCUCCCAUCUUCCUGAUUCUGAUACUUAUAUUAAAAAACUAGAAUCUAGAUUGGCAAAAGUAAAAGGCUCAGAAAAGGAACUUACUUCGAAAGAUAUGAUAUCAGUGUUGCAGAAUGCUAGAGAUGAUUACAUGUGCCAUCUAAUCUCAGGCUCUGUAAAUAGACUAGAUGUCUUGUCAGAUAUUGAUCCUGACAAAGAAGUUCAGUUGUCAUAUUUUGAGAAAAAACUUUUCCCGGAAAAAAAUGGUGCUACAAAUGAAGAGCUACAGCACUUAUUGGAAUCUGAUUUGUUAGCGAAAAUUUCUGAAAGCAAUGUUAAAGUACCUUCUGAUACUCAAGUUGAUCGAUAAAUUAAUUUUCAUCACAAUUGUUUCUGAAAAAAAUAUGAUGUAAAACUUUAAUGUUAAAUUAUAAGGGAAUUUGUAUUGUAGAUCCAACUGUUAAAUGACCUUGUAAUAAAAACAGCACAUUAUGCUAUGUGAAAAA